AUGGCGUUGAGCGCCGUUGCGGAAGAAUAUUUUCGUACGAUGAACCCUUUAGCCUCUAAAAUUCACGAAGAUAUAACAGAAACUAAAAAUUCUUAUGAAAAUAUUUGGGAUACUCUCACAGAAAAGGAAAAGGCAGAAAUAAUAAACGAAUCCAUAAUAAAACCAGAAAUUGUAUUAAAAUAUGCCCUAUUAGACACAUUGGAAUUUGAUAUAAACAAUCCACCAGUGAGGAAGGAUAAUUUAAUGUCAUUUUUUGGUCAUGAACAUGGUCUGAGAAUAAUUCAAGAUGAAAAUACAUCUUACCGAGAUGAACACUCUGCUCCAUUUUUGUAUCAAACCAAGAGUCAACUAAAUCUUUGUAUAUUAACGGAACAUAGAGUGUCAAAAGAUGUAAAAUGUACAUCACCUCCACCAAUCAUGACAGAACUAGCUCUAUCACAUUCAAAAGUUGUAAAUGAGCUGAAAAAUGCCUUGAAAUCUCAUGAUGUAUUAAAAAGCGCAUUUAAGGAGAAGGAGUCUCAUGAAAGAAAAGAAGACAAGGAAGUCAUGUCUCCAACUGGUUUUAUUAGUAAAUUUAUGGGUAAUUUUAAAUGUAAAGAUGAAGAACGGGAGUGUUUGGUUCCGAUUAUACCUCAGACUCAAAUUGUUGCAUCUUCGGAGAAUUUCUUCAGAACAAAUUUCAAAAGUCCACAGAAUGAGAGCAAGUUUGAGCGAGAUUAUAGGAAUAGUAUUGUGAAAUCUAAUAGUGAUCUUUCAGAAGAAAACCGAGGACUUCUCUCAUCUAGUCAGGCGUCGUCAGGCACAGACUUCCAAUCUACUGAAACCCUAACAGAAAAUAGUACUCUACCAAAGACUGGAUUCGACUUUUUAGAUAACUGCAUGUGUGGUGUUAUAAACUAUAAAUUA